CCUCGUAGUACCUCAAUCUAUAUUUCGUCAAUCAUUCAUGUCAUACUCUAGCAAGUACAUAAAAAUAAUCGUCGGAGCCGAUAAAUUCGGCUCUCCGAUCAUACCUGCUCUGCUCACCCACCUCCGUUCCCUCAACAUUGAAUUUGAAUAUCUUGGAACCUUCUCAUCUUACUAUGCCGCCGGCGCCGAGGUUGGUCGCAUUGUCUCUCAAUCUUCAUCAUCUUCCUCUCCAGAGAUCAUCGGCCUUGUUGCAUGCGGUACUGGUAUCGGUGUCGCCAUCUUCGCCAACAAAUUCCCUGGCGUGUAUGCUUCCACUUGCCUUCACCCUUGGGAAGCUGUCAACACCCGAUCAAUCAACAAUUCAAACGUCCUUGCCCUUUCAGGCAAGUUCACUUCACCCGAAAUAGGAAUUGAGAUUGUCAAUGCAUGGCUGAACACGCCGUUCAAGUCUCCUUGUCUUGCAAGCGACAACAAACCAUGGCCACAGGAGGUUGAGAACCUUCUAGAUAGAUCACUUGUCGACAUGCCAAAAAUAGGGAAGAAAAGCUUCUCUAUCAAGUGGGAUGGUAAUUUGGAUAUGGUUUUUGAUGAGGAUCUUGUUGACUCUGCCAAACUUGCAAUUGAUAAGGAAUCAGGCUUAGCCAAAUGAUUUUUUUUGACAAUUGCAAAAUCUGCAUUUGUUGGUCGUUAAAAACAACAACAACAAUAAUAGAAAUGAAAUGUCAACGAGUGUCCCAGAUACUCUUUAAGAAUCUUUAAUAAUAAAUUUUUAUGAAAAUU